AUGGCUAAUGUAUCACCUUCAAAAAAAAAUCCUAUGGGAAAGAUGAAGUUGAGAAAAAAUCCAGACGUAACUGUUAGUGACGCUCGCAUAUAUAUUUCUAAACUACUUGGAAUUGGGCAACGGACAGUUUCAAAUAUCAUCAGUGAAUAUAAUUCCAAAAAAACUGUGACCUCUCCAAGCAAAAAUCGAACGAGGACAACAUUUAAAGAAAAUUUUGACGAAAUACAAAUGAAUGCAGUACGUUUGCAUGUACAUUCAUUUUGGUUCAAUAAAACAAUACCAACAUUGGACAAAAUACUAACUACUAUAAAUAACGACAAAACUUUGCUAAACAUUUCAAGGACGAAUUUGUAUCGUAUGUUGAAAUUUAUGGAUUUUGUGUACACAAAACGCAGUCGCAACAGCCCCCUUGUAGAAAAGAACGAAAUUAUUUUGUGGCGUAGACGGUAUUUGGCAGAUAUCCGUAAAUAUCGUGAAGAAGGGCGACAUAUCUAUUAUCUUGACGAGACAUGGGUCAACGCAGGCGAUUGUACAAGUAAAACGUGGGUAGACAAGACAAUUAAAUCGCCUCAUGACGCAUUUCUACAAGGACUCACGACGGGUUCUCAGAAUCCAUCUGGCAAAGGCAAGAGGCUCAUUGUUCUCCACAUUGGGUCAGAAGACGGGUUCGUGCCAGGUUAG